AUGAUCAAUCCAGAGCAAACACAACCACAGGCACCAACUGCCACUAUUCCUGAGCAUAUAGACGCUGAAUUUCUAGCUAUGAAUCAAAAAUCAAUGUAUUUUUGUCAAAUUCUUAUAGCGACAGUCGGUGGAAGUGUAGCAGGUAUUUUAGGUUUUUCAGGUAUCCCAGGUUUCAUAUUUUAUAUCUUUGUACAUCUAGUUUUCUGUAGUUUAUAUAAUUUGAAAGACAAAAAUCUACAACAAUACUUUAUUUCACCAAAGACAAUGUGGUACGAUAGUAUAAGUUCUGGUCUGAUGUCUUUAGUUUAA